GCUGAUUAAUCACAUUUUCUGUCUGCUUGCUGUCGUGAAAAAUAUGUCAGGAAAAGAUAGGCUUCCGAUUUUCCCCUCUCGGGGAGCCCAGAUGUUAAUGAAGUCACGUCUGGCUGGUGCACAAAAAGGUCAUGGACUGCUUAAAAAGAAAGCAGAUGCAUUGCAAAUGAGAUUCAGGAUGAUUUUGGGAAAAAUCAUUGAAACAAAAACUCUAAUGGGGGAAGUAAUGAAAGAAGCGGCCUUUUCCCUUGCCGAGGCGAAAUUCGCGACUGGCGACUUCAACCAAGUCGUUUUGCAAAAUGUAACGAAAGCACAAAUUAAAAUACGUUCCAAGAAAGACAAUGUUGCUGGUGUGAAUCUUCCGGUAUUCGAAUCCUAUCAAGAUGGUACCGAUACAUACGAACUGGCCGGUUUGGCUCGAGGAGGCCAGCAAUUGGCCAAAUUGAAGAAAAACUAUCAACGCGCAGUGAAGCUUCUGGUGGAAUUAGCUUCGUUGCAAACGAGUUUCGUCACUCUGGAUGAAGUUAUCAAGAUCACAAAUCGUCGUGUCAAUGCGAUCGAGCACGUUAUAAUUCCCAGAAUCGAGAGAACUCUCGCCUACAUUAUUUCAGAACUCGACGAGUUGGAGAGAGAAGAGUUCUAUCGGCUAAAGAAAAUCCAGGACAAAAAGAAAAUAGCCAAGGCAAAGACCGAGGCUCACAGAUUGGAGAUGAUUGCCGCUGGACAGCACGAGGAAGCUGCCAAUAUGCUUGAAGAGGGCGACGAAGAUAUUCUCUUUUAAGCACAGUAAAUAUAAAAAUAAAUACAUAUUUUCCGACAUAAUCGGCAGAGGUACUGCGAAAUGUUGGCGCGAAAAUCAAAGUAUCGCUCGUUUCGUAAUAGACUCAAGGUAAAUCGUAUUUUUACGAUCUGCUCCUCGGACAAUAUUCGUCUCCAUGCACAGAUUCGUUAAUUGCCGAGUAAGAAAGCUUCAAAAUCAACUGUCAUUGUCAGAGAUAAUAUUUCCUCUUUUAAAUAGACUUGUACAUUAAACAGAAAUUACGAUAAGAACUUAACUAAUGUUUUAUUUUAAUCUUCAAGCCUUAUCUGUACCGCUGUUAUUUCGUUACUUGUUUCGCGUAUUAUCUUAUUUUAUUAUUAUUAUUAAAAAAAAAAACAUUGGUCAAGUCUUGUCUGUGUAGAAAGUUCACAAAAGUAUUCCAGUUAGUCACACGUCAAUUGUGGGACUUUGAAAAAGUAUCUGCUGUAUUUAAUUACAGCUUGUAUAUUAUAGUGAUAUAUCGUUUAAGAUUAAUAAAAAAAAAAGAAUAUUAAUGUUUA